AAUAAAAAAAUCUAUAUCAGCUAAACGAUGUAGUUUAGGUCAAAAACGCUUUGGACUAAUAUUUCUUCAUACUAUCAAACGGCAUCGACCUUCUCCUUUCUCUCGUUGAAUUUAACGUUCAUCGACGGAUAUCAACACUUCUCUUCAAAUUAAGGUUUUUCUCAAGUGAUUAUAAGAUAAGUAUAAUUAAUUGAGUUGAAGUUGGGAUAACAAGGUGCUGGCUGUGCAUCAAAUAUGUUGAAGCAAGUGCUUGGCAAGAUUAUUCACAGAGGGCCUUUUCUAAAUGGAGGAGACAAGCUUAGACUGUCUCUUUAUGUGCCCGGCAGUUGCUUCCACAAUGGUCAGGUUCAUUAUUCACCAAGAAGCUUUUUUGGAGUAGAAGAUUUCCUUGACGAUGACAAUAGCAGGCCUUACACUUACCAGAAAGAGAAAAAGUCAAAAAACCCCAACAACAAGCAUAUGUCAUUUAAGCAACGGACCAAAGCGUACAUGGAGCCAUUUACACUUGAUGUGUUUAUAUCAAAGCGCUUUGUUUCUGCAUCACUUACCCACAGGGUAACAAGUAAGCAGGUUGCAGUUGCUGGUACUAACUCUAAAGACAUUAAAGCUGCACUCAGGUCCCGGUCAGAUAUACCUGCAUGUUUGGCCAUUGGCCGCAUUUUAUCCGAGAGAGCACGAGAAGCUGAUGUAUAUACUGCAUCUUACACUCCAAGGGAGAGGGACAAGUUCGAAGGAAAGAUUAGAGCUGUGGUUCAAUCUCUCAUUGAUAAUGGGAUCGACAUUAAAGUUUAUCUUGACUGACCAGGUUUUUAUACAUUCUUGAAAUUAAUCCUUUAGACCAUAGGAAAAAUAGUUGUUGCAAUCUUUUAGUCUAUGUAUGCAAUUUGCAUAUUUGCUUUUUUUUUUUUUUGUUUCCCUUAAGUAUUAAUUGAAUGAAAGCGGCUGUAUUAAGGUUAGAAUUUAAGUUAAAUCUAUUGUGUUUGAACCAAAUACAAUAUAAAUAUCAAACAAGAGAGAGAAGGUAAAAAGCCUCUUAAUUCUCCGUUUUUGUCUCA